GGCGGAGACGGGGAAGGGGUCGCCGCGGCUGCCGCUCUUCGAGUUGGCGGCUCCCUCGGGGGCCGGUAGGCGGGCGUCGAGUCGGCAGGGCGCGCGGCUGCGGUCCCCGGGUGACACGCUCAGCAGCGGCCAGUGGCGACAUGAGUGCCGCGGGGCUGUUGGCUCCGGCUCCGGCCCCGGCUGGAGCGCCGCCGGCCCCGGAGUACUACCCGGAGGAGGACGAAGAGCUGGAGAGCGCCGAGGACGACGAACGCAGCUGCCGGGGCCGAGAGUCCGACGAAGACACUGAGGACGCUAGUGAAACUGACCUGGCAAAGCAUGAUGAAGAAGACUAUGUAGAAAUGAAGGAACAGAUGUAUCAGGAUAAACUGGCUUCUCUCAAGAGACAGUUGCAACAACUUCAGGAAGGUACGUUACAGGAAUAUCAGAAGAGGAUGAAAAAACUAGAUCAGCAGUACAAAGAGAGGAUUCGAAACGCAGAACUCUUCCUCCAGCUGGAAACUGAACAGGUGGAAAGAAACUACAUCAAAGAAAAGAAGGCCGCGGUGAAAGAAUUUGAAGACAAGAAGGUGGAGCUGAAAGAGAACUUGAUUGCUGAGCUGGAAGAGAAGAAGAAAAUGAUCGAAAACGAAAAGCUAACGAUGGAGCUGACUGGAGAUUCUAUGGAAGUGAAACCCAUCAUGACCAGAAAGUUGCGGAGGCGACCAAAUGAUCCUGUCCCCAUCCCAGACAAGAGGAGAAAACCUGCUCCUGCCCAGCUAAACUAUUUGUUAACAGAUGAACAGAUCAUGGAGGAUCUGAGAACGUUAAAUAAGCUUAAGUCACCCAAGAGACCAGCAUCCCCGUCCUCUCCUGAACACUUGCCUGCCACGCCGGCAGAGUCUCCAGCCCAGAGAUUUGAAGCUCGGAUAGAAGAUGGGAAACUGUACUAUGAUAAAAGAUGGUACCACAAGAGCCAAGCCAUCUAUCUGGAGUCAAAGGACAACCAGAAGCUGAGCUGUGUGAUCAGCUCUGUCGGAGCCAAUGAGAUCUGGGUGAGGAAGACCAGUGACAGCACCAAGAUGAGGAUCUAUUUGGGCCAGCUUCAGCGCGGGCUCUUCGUGAUCCGCCGGAGGUCAGCGGCUUGACUUUCUACAGUGUUCUUCUUCCCUUGACCUUUUUUCUGGAGUGGUUUUUGGUUUUGUUUUCUUCCAAAUAGAAAGUUUUUAACCCGGGAAUUGCUCCCUUGGCCUUGGAAAAUGGGGAGCGCUGUUGUGGAUUCCGCGAGGCGCUUUGGUGGCAGCUGCUUCAGUCUUUGCGUUGCUCCUUCCUGCCUCAACCUCUUCCAGCCGUCAGUCACCAUGAACUCUUUCUUUUGGGAGUAUUGGGAGUUUGGUUUACUCAUUGCUUUAUUUUAUUUUUUUUGCUUAUACUUUGUCUUUUUUUUUUUUUUUUUUAAAGGCUCCUUUGUGUUUGAAGGAACACUUUUUUUUUUUUAAUUAAUUAUCUUUAGGUCUUUCUACCAGGAAGGGAUACAGUCUACACGGCAUUUUCAUGAAUCUGAUUAGUGGAUCACGUAGCUCUUUCUGUUGUCGAGCCCAAUUCACUGUUUCUCCAGAAGCUUGGGGCAGAGGUCCUAGCAGAAGGAGAUUAAGUCUCCUGGCUCUCAGCCUUCUCUGAGAAAUAAAUGCCUCGUGUAACAUCUGGCGUAUGCCAUCCAUUCCACUGGCUGAGCGACAGAAAAAUUUGCCUGGGUGACUACGUGCACUGAGUAAAUGGGGUUGGGGGAGGGGGCAUUUUCACGCUUAUAAUGUGCUGAAGGUCCUGCAUUUUAAAUGUUAUUUAAUGCAAGUGGUAUAUUCAGACAUGUUUGUUCUAGCUCAAGCUGGAACGAGUGGUCAUUUCAGAAGUUUUUCUUUCUAAUUCAUUUCUGUCCCCUGCUCUAAGUCGAUGGAAUGGUACCUGGCCCAGGCUGAUUAUCCAGGUUAUCUAUUGUAGGUGGGGAGAUAAGACUGAUAGUGCAGUAAUCAGUGAUCUGUAGAUGCUCACUCAUAACUCAGAUAGCACUCUUGUUGCUCAUGCCGCUGUUGCCCCAACCAUUUCAAGCCCGUGGGGCCUUGUUGUCGGCGCCCCCUGCCUCCCAGGAGGUCUGGUCCAGCCUGAAGACAAAGAAAACUCGGCCGUGACUGCCGCUAAACCUGCGCUCUUCCUAAUGAUUCCUGGUGAAACGGCCUUCCCCGUACUCUCUGCCCCACCUUCCCAUCAUCGGAGGAGUGAUUCCCUGGCACGUGGGGUUUUCUGGAUGAUAGCUGUCACCUUAGCAUAUUUAAUGAAUUUGGCGUUAGAGCAACUGUUAGCAUCUCUCUGGGAAAUCAGUAGACCUUACACAUCCUAAGACAUCUUUGUAUGUAGUACCCCUCGUCUCGGGUGAUUCUCCUCGUGUUGUCUUUUGAUGUCCACACCCCAAAGCAAGUUGGGGGCCGUGAAAACCAGUGAAUCACCUUCUCUUGUAAGUCCUGGCUUCAACAGAGACCAAACGUUACUGACUCAGAGUAAAGACUUGUACAGAUUCAUUUUUGUUUUAAUUUGUAAUUCAUUUCUCUCUUUUUUUCUCCCUGGUAUUGGAGUCUCAUUUAGAAAACAGGGUAGAUGAUGCUUGUUUACUUAGAGUUGGCUCGGUGUUCUGUGCUGCUUCUCUGCCCCCAGCCCCCAUUAUGCUGUUUGCUUUGGUGAACCAAGUCCAUAGUAAACAGAGGCUUCAUCUUUUGUUUCUUCUUGACAGCCUUUGCUCUCUUGCUUGAGUUGUCACUGUGGGUGUGUAACAUCCCAUAAUAUCAGGCGGCUAUCUCUUAUCUAGUGCCCUUGUGAUGGAAAUAUAUCUAGAUGUAGUGUGUGUGGUCAUCAAUGUUGUGGGGUUUUUUGUUUGUUUCUGAAUGAUUGUCUUACUUGGCUUUCUAGCAGUACACCAAAGUUUGGUUUUUUGAAAAGGACUGUAUUGAUAACUGGGAUUCUGCAUCAAAGCAACAAGUUGCCUUUUUUUUUUUUCUUCCUUGUCUGGUGGCACCUUUGUGCUUUUGUGAAUUAACUAUUUAUUUGAAGACCAGGGUAUGGGCACUUUGGCCUUGCCUCUUCUGUAAAUUUGAGGGUGAUGAGGUAGUGCUCUGGCCUUGGCCACAUCACUGCCUUCUGCUUCUCUCUUGUCCUCACAACCCUUAAUCAUAGUGUGGUGAAAACGGGGGCAGAAGGGGAAUAGACCUGAGACACAGCACAGUAAAUCGUACUCUUAGUCCCAGAAGAUUUAGUUUUUUAUUUCAUUACCCCAGAGAUGACAAGCCAGCAGUUCAGCCCCUCUGACAGGCAGAGCCCCCUUGUUACGAGAUGGAGGUGCUUUUGUGAUGGGCAAAACAGACUUUGAGGUUCCUGGACUAAGAAGGGGCUGGCUUUUAGCCCAGGUGGCCAUUCUUAUUCCAGAAGCUGUUGCGCUCUCCCUAAAUUCAGACUAUUUCUUGCAACUCAUACUUUGAAAAAGGUUGAUCUAGACAACUCUUAACAAGAACCUGUAUGUGCGUUAAUCUGAUCAAGAACCUGCACUUGUGUUAUUCGGAUCAAGAACCUAUAUGUGUAUUUUGUUUGAGGCACCUGCCUCAGUAUUAUACACGGUGUUUGCUAUGGAUGCAUCCCAAUUAUUUAUUUUACCUCUGCUUAGAGCCUUUGUGUUGCCUUCCCCACCACCUGACUCCCUCUCUCCCAAAGCCAGUGUCCUCUUGAACAGUUUCCAGAUUUCCGUAGCCAUACCAAAGCCGGGAUGUUUUCAUUCGUUUGGAUACCAGUAUUUAUGGAU